UGUGAGAGAGAAAACGAGAGAGACAGAUGAUUUAAGUUUCAUGUGUGUGUGACGCUGUGUGGUGAGGACGCACUUUGGAUUUCCUCCGUCUGCCUCCCCCCGAUCUCUGCCUGUCUGAGUGCUCCUAUCCUGUCUUUUUUUCUGUUCGUCUGUUGAACGACGUGGCCCAGCUAUGACAACGUCGGCGAGCUCCUCCAGCGGUUUAGAGGUCCUCCUCUCGGCCCUGCAGAAUGGAGGGGAUGUGGAGAGCACCUUAAAUAUCCUCAAUGUCCUGGAUGAACUUCUGUCUGCUGGUACAGAUCGUCGUAUCCACUACAUGAUCAGUAAAGGUGGCAGCGAGGCUUUGCUCGUUGCACUGGUCAACGCCGGCCGCAGCUUCAGUCCCAACUACACCAUCCUGCUGCCACUGCUGCACCUGCUGGCUAAAGUGGGACACAGAGACCGGCGUAUAGGUGUGAAGGCAGAGGAGGCUGGAGCUGUGCUGCUCACUCUCAAUCUGCUCCGACACAACGCCCAGCACGGCAGCAGGGCCGCAGCCUGCCUCUGGGCCAUCCAAGUCUUCUGUUCAUCAGUUUCUACUGCAAACCUUAUCGGAGCAAACCAUGGACUGGAUGUCAUCUACGGUCUCAUCCCUCAGUAUAGCACCAAACAUCAGCACACCAUCAAGGCAGCCAUUGAUGCCUUUGCUGCUCUACUGUGCACAAAGGCUAAUGUUAGCUCCGUGGUGUCUAAGGGUUACGUCUCUGGCCUCUUGCGGCUUUAUGAGGACUGGCACAGCAAAGGAAGUGAACAUGUAGCAAUCUGCCAUGCGCUGCUGUGCUGCCUCCAUAAGGUCACUCACAGCACUGCAGGCAGGCAGGCCGUCCUGUGCCAGGGAGGCAUCAGACUGCUGUAUGAAACUACACAGACAUGUUUGCUGAGUAAAGGUCUGGAGUCUCUGGUAGAGCUCUCUGUGCAGCUGAUGAGGAAGUGUCUUCCUAAAACUCCUCUUCCACUGAAAUCAGAUCAGUCUGCGUACACCUUCCCCCUGCCUGGAGGACCACAUGCUGUCCCUGAGAUGGACACAGAACCAGAUGAGAGCAGUGACGAGAGUGAUGAUGACGAUGCUGAAGAUAAGCCAGAGGCAGACUAUGAUGACGAUUUGGAGACUGACCUGAACAAACUUCGUCUUCGUCCUGACCCAGACAGACCCAAAGAGCUGCUGCCCCAGUACAGCCGCCUCUGUCCUGAACUCUCACAUGACUUCCAGGAGCUGGAUUUGAGCUCCGAGCCAGACGAGAGUUCAACAGCAUCAUCGUCUUCUUCGUCGGAUGAGGAAGAUGUGCGGCUCAACAGUUUCCCUUUCCGCUGCUCCAGGCGGGACAGAAGGAGGAGUGCUGCCCGCAGUGACUCUGAGACAGAAGCAAAUGGACACACGGCAGCUGUUGGCCAGUUAGAGGCCCGUGAUUUCCACAGUCACAGCAGCCUCCUCAGCACCAGCCCCCGCUUCAGGACCAUGGUUAGAGAGGCCAGGGGAAAAGCCCUCCCAGGUCAGAGAGGGGAUGAGCAGGAUGAUGAGGAGGUGGAUGCAGAAGAAUCCCACCAUCGUACCAUGAUAGACAAGUUAUUGGAGAGACAUGGAGCCUGUAUUCCCCACCAUGACCCCAGGCUGUACCGCGCUGCAGCCGCCAAAACCACAUCCAUUCCAGGGUUCAGCAUCCUGGCUUUCCCUGAUUUCUGGGGACACCUCCCACCGCCGGGACAUGAACCCAUGGCCCCACGCAAACCCAACAUACAGAGGCAGAAAGUGUUUGAAGAUGUCCGACGUUUCCUGAAUGCUGAUGACAUCAUCGACCAGGUAGUGUUUGACCUGGAAGACAGCAGUCUCCAGUGUCCGUCUGGUUCCUUGAGGUUCUUCUCAAAGUUUGAGUGUGGGAACCUAAGGAAGGCUGUUCAGGUCCGAAGAUAUGAAUAUGACCUGAUAUUGAAUGCAGAUGCUAACUGUAACCAGCACACCCAGUGGUUCUACUUUGAAGUCAGUAACAUGGUGGCAGAUGUCCCCUACCGUUUUAAUGUCAUCAACUGUGAGAAGAGCAACAGCCAGUUCAACUAUGGAAUGCAGCCGGUGCUGUACUCGGUAAGGGAAGCUCUGGAAGGUAGACCACACUGGCUCAGGACCGGGACUGAAAUUUGUUACUUCAGAAACCACUUUUGUCCAGCUCGAGGCAGAAAGAGAACAACAUUUUAUACUCUAACCUUCACCAUCACCUUCAAACACAAUGAGGACGUCUGCUACGUGGCCUACCAUUAUCCCCACACAUACUCUGCUCUGAAGGCUCAUCUGAAGGUGCUACAGAAAUCAGUGGACCCUGCAAAGGUGUUUUUCCAGCAGCAGAAUCUUUGUGGCACUUUGGCUGGAAACUGGUGUCCAGUAGUCACCAUCACAGCCUGUCCUGCCAGCAGGGGCUGGAGAGACAUGCACCAGCUCCGGAAUCGUCCCUGUAUUGUGCUAACAGGGCGCGUCCAUCCCGGUGAGUCCAAUGCCAGCUGGAUGAUGAAGGGCACCCUGGAGUUCCUGUGCAGCAGUGAGCCAGUGGCCCAGAGUCUGAGGGAGGCCUUUGUUUUCAAGCUCAUCCCCAUGCUCAACCCAGACGGAGUCAUCAAUGGCACGAAUCGCUGUGAUCUCAACAGUGAGGAUCUGAACCGCCAGUGGAGUAAACCAGACCCGGUCCUCAGUCCCACCAUCUACCAUGCCAAGGGCUUCCUCUACUACCUCAACAGUAUUGGUCGGACUCCACUGGUGUUCUGCGACUACCACGGCCACUCGAGGAAGAAGAACGUCUUCCUGUACGGCUGCAGUGUGAAGGAGACUCUGUGGCAGUCUGGCUCUGUUGUUAACACUGCGGGACUGAAGGAGGACCCUGGAUACAGGACCAUUCCAAAGACGUUGGAUCGCCUCGCUCCCGCCUUUUCUUUCAACAGCUGCAACUAUUUGGUGGAGAAGUCUCGCUCUGCCACAGCCAGGGUGGUAGUCUGGAGGGAAAUGGGCGUGCUGAGAAGUUAUACCAUGGAGAGUACUCACAAUGGCUGCGACCAGGGAAUAUACAAGGGCCUGCAGACAGGAACCAGGGAGCUGCAGGAGAUGGGUGUAAAGUUCUGCCACAGUCUGCUGUCUCUAACCAAAGACAUGAAGGCUCUCUACAGCAGAAGAAUCAACCACAUCGACGUGGACCACAACGUCCUGGACCACAAGUCUCACAACUGUUUUGAAGACGAUGAGCCUCCAUGUGUUGAGGAGAUUGAGUAUUCCACAGACUGUCCCGCGCUCAAAGGCACUGAUCUGGAUUCAGAUGUCAACAGCAAUAUGGCCAGUAGUGAUGAAGAGGACGAGGGUGAUGAAGGACACAGGAGAGCAAGACAUGGACGAGGCAGCAUGGGCCAGUUGCAGCAGUUGAGCAUGAAGAGCCGUCUCUUUCCUCACCCGAUGAGACAGGCCUCCAGCGAGGCCCUCAGUGAGAAGAGAAACGGUGUGGGCAUCAAUGGACAAAUCAUAAGUUAAAGGAAUAUUUCUACAUUUCUCUACAGUUCUUCUCUAAAAGGUCUUCUAUCAUUGUAAGCUUUCCUUCAUGGAGCUCAACAGGUGCAUUCGAAAGAAAAGAAAUGCCUAGGUAAAUGACACACACAAACUAAACUACAAGUGGAUAACAUAUAAUUUCUCUUUUAACCUUAGAGUAGAGUGUGAGAUUAAAUACAGGCUUUGGGGAAGGAAAACAAUACUCUACACUAAAGUCUGGCUUAAUAGAACAAUCUUGGUUCACUCACUAGCUUUUUGUGGAGAAUUCUUCUCCAUCUGAACAGUCCGUGGAGUUGCUAAGUUGUCAUGGAGAUGGAUAUGGAUACUUGUGCCUGCUCCACCGCUUGUUAGACAUGAGAGGAAUGACAAAGCGCUCCAACGGCACCAGAGCAGCUGUCAUUACGCACAACUGUAACGUCCUACCACUUUUUCAUCACAUGCACCUGUAAACCAUCGUGGCACUGAAAUAUCAUUGUUAAACAUCAGAAAGAUGAUUAGUGAUUAAUUUAUUAAGCUCAUAUUGAAACAGACUACAAAGGGCUUCACGUUGCUUUCUCUUGUGAUCUCUGACUGCUUCAUCUUUACUUGAUUGGUGCCGACAUGGAUUGCGAUGUUGCUAAAGCUAGUGGUGGCAUGUGACUGGGUUCCCUGAUUCUCCCUACUUGAUGUCAGCAGAUUAGCCUCGGGAACUCUGGCCCUGAGUAGAUAGUACACAGGGGCUGCGGUAGCUACCCUUAAUCAUAAGUCCCCUAUUACUAGUGAUGGCCAUAUGAAGCAAACCAUUUUCUUUAUUUUAUGAGCCCCCUAGAUGGCGCUUUUGGUUUGAAGAAAAAGACUCAAUUCUGUGUGCUUUGUUGAGCAGAGAGCGCCAUCUAGUGGGCUUAGAAAAUAAAGACAAUGGUUCAUGAAGAUUCAUGAAGAUUCAUGAAGCUUCAUUUGGCCAGCACUACCUAUUACUAGCAUAUAUUGUAUACUUAGCACAAUGUUGAUGGUGUUGUGUAAAAUUACAAUUGAAUUAAUUGAGUAAAAAUGACAAUUUUAUUAAUUAAUUAAUUAAUUAUAUUACUUAAUCGAUAAAUCAUCCAAGUUAGUGGCCCAUUAGUUGAUCAUCAGCAUAACAUUAACUGUGUAAUACUGGCUUUUCUCUGAGCUUCCCCACUGCUCCUCAUGGUCUUGGUCAUGGUCGGCCAUGUGAUAACUGGUGGUGGUAUAUAGACAGGGAGCAUCAAGAUGUGAGGUUGAAAGCAAACGAAAAGCUCAUAAGUAGAUGUAGAGUUAAGAUUUAGUCAUUCCAUGUUUGUGAGUGUUCAUAUGACUAUUGGCUCUUUGAAGGUCUUUUCUUUGUUGGAUCAGCAGUAUGAUACAUCAUUUCCAACACACAAGUCUAAAACGUGUAUGACCUCCUAUACACAAAUACUGUAGCAGUACAAAUCUUGAAAGAAAGUGACCAUUUCAAUCAGACCUAAACUCACAUGAAGUGUGGAACUUGGCUCUUAUUGAGGAAAGCUAACAAUGCGGUCAUGCCUUUUUUAAAGCUGAAAAACAGGCUACAGUUUCCAAAAGUCCCAGAUGGUAAUCAGCUUCUAAAUGAUUUAUUAGCAACUGGUCACCGCGGCAGUAUUAUAAGAUAGUCUUAAUAGGGUGGAUUGUCUCAUGCAACCAAUAAAUAAGCAUAAGUAGAAUUAACCCAUUCCUAUAGGAACAUACACACUACAUGCUAACUACCUUUUUCUUCAGAAGAAAACAACUCCAGUUAAAUUUAGAAGGGUUUCUGUAGGAGGGUUUUACUCAGCAGCGAUAAGGAGGGUGCAUUAAUUAAAAUUAAUAAUCCUGGCCAAACACUAGUCCUUGUUAAACGAUACUGUAAGUGUACAAUAGGUAUUUCUACUUUAUGAUAGCUGAAUUUGUGCAUGGAAUAUGUAGAUCAUACAGUGUAGGGUGGUGCUGUGAUCUUUGGUUUGUGUAACAGCUAAAUGUAUGUGUUAUGAUCUAGAUUUGAUAAGAUAUGUGUAAUUUCCAUUGACACUCAUGGAAAAUAUGAGGCACUUUGAGUAAAUGUGUUUGUUUUGUGGAUCAGAUGUGAAGUUUGUUUUCAGUAAAAUGUUUAACGUUUAAUGUUUGUUGAUUUUGUCGUCACUGCUCAGAAACAUCAAUUUCAUUACUCAUGUUCAUUUUGUUAACAGAAAUUAUGAAUAUAUUACAUUCAAAGUUGUUAUAUAAAUACAUAAAAUAAUGUUUUUUAAUGAGGAAUACAAGAUAUUGACAAGACAAAACUAUGAAACAAAAACUAACACUCCACCUGCUGAGGAAGAUUAUGUGAUGCAAUGGAAAGCUCCAGAACAGCUUCUACUGUAAAUGGACCUUGUGGUGAGAUUGUUAAAUACUGUUUCUGAGGUCAAGAAUGACCUUCCAAUUUCAGUACAGAUAAAUACUUUUUUUACCAAGUACAUUUUGUGGAAAAAAAGCCCAGAGUACUGUAUUUUGUUUUAAUGUUUCUGAUUAGUCAUACUUGAUAAUAUGUCCAAUGCUGGUUUUGUUUCAAAAUACAUUUGCAAAUCAUGUUUCAUGUCUGGAUGCAGCCCUUCAAAUCCCUUGACAAAAGCUCACUUAAAAAAAACAGCAUUCGGGAUCAAUCAGUCAGUUUGUGGCCAAUUUUCAAUCCCAGUUAUUUAAGAGGUUCUGACAUGGAAGAUGUUUUCUUAAGCUUGAUUAAACUGCUCAAACUUGGUUUUGACUAAAACUAGACUGUGACUGCCCGUGUUUGUGUGCAGAUUUGGACACCUGGGUCGAGUGUUCCACAGGCUGUAAAGGCACAGGUUCCAGUCUACUAUCAACCCUGUUGUUUGGUUAAGAUCAUUUGUUACUUAUCUUUUUGUGUUCUUUGAUUUGCAGUCUUUUUUGUUAUAAUAAAUAACUUUUUAUUCGGCA